AUGCUCCACACAUUCUGUUGUCAAAAAGAUUCUGUGGCUGUUGAAUUUUAUUCUAUCAUUCAAAAUCAACUUAUACAAGUCCGGAGCAAAUGGAUGUAAAGACCAAUGUUGAUGUAUCCGAAUUCUAGUGAAGGUUGAAGAUUAAAAAAAAUAACUAUUAUGACUAAUCCUUGGGAAGAGAAAAGCUGCAAAAUGGCCCAGACAAGUUUACUGCAAGGAAAGCAGUUUUACUGUAGGGAGUGGGUUUUCCACAAGCUUCAGCACUGUCUCCAGGAGAAGACCAACGGUUGUAACAGCACUGCCAGUACCCCAUCCCUUGUCAUGAAUUCUGGGAAUAAUGCUGGUGCUGUCUCUGGCAAAGGAGCCGCCUGGGGCGUGUUGCUGGUAGGAGGGCCUGGCAGUGGCAAGACAGCACUCUGCACUGAGCUCUUGUGGCCAAGUUCACCGACAAGCCUGCAGAGAGGUUUACAUCGCCAGGCCUUGGCAUUUCAUUUCUGCAAAGCCCAGGACUCUGACACUUUGUGUGUUGGAGGGUUUAUCAGAGGCCUGGUGGCCCAGAUCUGCCGCAGUGGACUGCUCCAAGGGUAUGAGGACAAGCUAAGAGACCCAGCUGUGCAAAGUCUCCUGCAGCCUGGGGAGUGUGAGAGGAACCCCGCUGAGGCCUUCAAAAGGUGCGUGCUGCUCCCACUCUUGGGAAUGAAGCCUCCCCAGCAGAGCCUGUACCUGCUUGUUGACUCGGUGGAUGAAGGGUGGAACAUCGCCGAAGGUGAACAGACAUCUAGCAGCUUGUCUGGGACGGUGGCUGAGCUCUUAGCUGGACACCAUGACUUCUUUCCACCAUGGCUGUUACUGCUCUGUUCUGCCCGGAAACAGAGUAAGGCUGUGACUAAAAUGUUCACUGGCUUUCGAAAAAUAAGUUUAGAUGACCUUCGGAAGGCAUAUAUUGUGAAGGACGUCCAGCAGUACAUCCUUCAUCGUUUAGAUCAAGAAGAAGCUUUGCGCCAGCACCUCACAAAAGAGACUGCUGAGAUGCUAAACCAGCUCCACAUUAAGAGCAGUGGGUGCUUCCUUUAUCUAGAGCGGGUUUUAGAUGGAGUUGUAGAAAAUUUUAUUAUGUUAAGAGAGAUUCGCGACAUCCCAGGAACUCUGAAUGGUCUGUAUCUCUGGCUCUGCCAAAGGCUUUUUGUAAGAAAACAGUUUGCAAAGGUGCAGCCUAUCUUGAAUGUGAUUCUCGCAGCCUGCCGACCUUUGACCGUAACAGAAUUAUAUCAUGCAGUAUGGACCAAAAAUAUGUCCUUAACCUUGGAAGACUUCCAACGCAAGUUAGAUGUCCUUUCCAAACUUCUCGUGGAUGGACUAGGGAAUACUAAAAUACUCUUCCACUACAGCUUUGCAGAGUGGCUUUUGGAUGUGAAACACUGCACUCAGAAGUACUUGUGCAAUGCAGCGGAAGGGCACAGGAUGCUGGCCAUGAGUUACACCUGUCGAGCCAAGAAUUUAACACCACUGGAAGCCCAGGAGUUCGCAUUGCACUUAAUCCAUUCAAACCUGCAGUUGGAGCCAGCAGAGCUGGCCCUGUGGAUGAUAUGGAAUGGCACACCUGUUGGGGAUUCUCUUUCUACUUUAAUCCCCAAGGAGCAGGAGGUGCUCCAGCUUUUGGUUAAAGCCGGCGCUCAUGUCAACAGUGAGGAUGAGCGCGCCUCCUGCAUAGUGCGGCAAGCCUUAGAAAGAGAGGACUCCAUUCGGACCUUACUAGAUAAUGGCGCUUCAGUGAAUCAGUGCGAUUCCAGCGGCCGGACCCUGCUGGCAAAUGCUGCAUACAGCGGCAAUUUGGACGUGGUGAACUUGCUGGUGUCCAGAGGUGCGGAUUUGGAGAUAGAAGAUGCUCACGGACACACCCCGCUCACCCUGGCUGCCAGGCAGGGACAUACCAAGGUGGUCAACUGCCUGAUUGGGCGCGGUGCAAACAUCAACCACACGGAUCAAGAUGGCUGGACGGCCCUGAGGUCUGCAGCCUGGGGCGGGCACACAGAGGUGGUGUCUGCGCUGCUGUAUGCCGGUGUGAAGGUGGACUGUGCAGACGCUGACAGCAGGACAGCCCUGCGGGCCGCAGCCUGGGGUGGCCACGAGGACAUUGUCCUGAAUCUGCUGCAGCAUGGUGCUGAGGUGAACAAAGCUGACAAUGAAGGGAGAACCGCGCUGAUCGCCGCAGCCUACAUGGGGCACCGGGAGAUCGUGGAGCAUCUUCUGGACCACGGUGCCAAGGUAGACCACGAGGAUGUGGACGGCAGGACAGCCCUCUCAGUGGCUGCACUCUGUGUCCCUGCCAGCAAAGGCCACGCAUCCGUCGUGAGCCUCUUAAUCGACCGUGGGGCCGAAGUGGACCACUGUGACAAGGACGGCAUGACGCCCCUGCUGGUGGCUGCCUAUGAAGGACACGUGGAUGUGGUGGACCUGCUCCUCGAGGGUGGUGCAGAUGUGGACCACACCGACCACAAUGGGCGUACACCCCUGCUGGCUGCCGCCUCCAUGGGCCACGCGUCUGUGGUCAACACCCUUUUGUUCUGGGGUGCGGCCGUGGACAGCAUUGACAGUGAAGGCAGGACCGUGCUCAGCAUCGCCUCGGCCCAGGGCAACGUUGAGGUGGUCCGCACGCUGCUGGACCGGGGCCUGGAUGAGAACCACCGGGACGACGCCGGCUGGACCCCGCUACACAUGGCGGCCUUUGAGGGCCACAGGCUCAUCUGUGAAGCUCUUAUCGAGCAGGGGGCGCGGACCAAUGAGACGGACAAUGAUGGGCGGAUCCCUUUCAUCCUGGCCUCGCAGGAGGGCCACUAUGACUGUGUGCAGAUCCUCCUGGAGAGCAAGUCCAAUGUGGACCAGCGUGGGUACGAUGGGAGGAACGCCCUGCGCGUGGCUGCGCUGGAGGGACACCGGGACAUCGUGGAGCUGCUCCUCAGCCAUGGUGCUGACGUGGACUACAAGGACGCUGAUGGCAGGCCCACCCUCUACAUCCUGGCCCUCGAAAACCAGCUCACCAUGGCCGAGUACUUCCUAGAGAACGGGGCCAAUGUGGAAGCCAGCGAUGCGGAGGGCCGGACCGCGCUCCAUGUGUCUUGUUGGCAAGGCCACGUGGAGAUGGUGCAGGUGCUCAUCGCCUGCCAUGCAGACGUCAACGCAGCUGACAAUGAGAAGCGCUCGGCCCUGCAGUCAGCUGCCUGGCAGGGCCAUGUCAGGGUGUGCCAGCUGCUCAUCGAGCAUGGCGCCCAGGUGGACCACACGUGUAACCAGGGGGCCACCGCCCUGUGCAUUGCUGCCCAGGAAGGGCAUGUGGAUGUCGUGCAGGUGCUGCUGGAGCACGCUGCCGACCCCAAUCACGCUGACCAGUUUGGGCGCACUGCCAUGCGUGUGGCGGCCAAGAAUGGCCACUCACAGAUCAUCAAGUUACUGGAAAAAUACGGCGCCUCCACUCUGAAUGGCUGCUCCCCAUCGCCCGUUCACACGAUGGAGCAGAAACCUCCCCAGUCCAACUCAUCCAGAAUGCAGUCGUUGACCAUGAAGUCCAGUAGCUCUGGCAGUACUGGUGGGGGCGAUGCACAGUCCUCUUUACGUGGAGGCUUACCCAAUGGGCCAGCACAUGCAUUCAGCUCUCCCUCGGAGUCCCCGGACUCCACAGUAGAUCGGCAGAAGUCCUCCCUGUCCAACAAUUCCCUGAAAAGCUCCAAGAACUCGUCCCUGAGAACUACUUCCUCCACGGCCACAGCCCAGACGGUGCCGAUGGACAGCUUCCACAGCCUGUCCUUCACUGAGCAGAUCCAGCAGCACUCGCUGCCCCGCAGCCGCAGCCGGCAGUCCAUCAUCUCCCCAUCCUCCACCACACAGUCCUUGGCACACAGCCACACCUCACCCUGCAGUGACUUUGAGUGGAGCCAGGUGCAGCCCAGUGUGAAGUCCUCAAAACCACCUAAAGGAGGGGGGACAUCAGAAAAUGCUAGCAAGUCAGGGUCAGCGGGGAAGAAGGCGAAUAAGUCCAGUAAUUGUUCCCAGUCAAAGGUUUUAGAAUAUGAAAUGACUCAGUUUGACAAAAGAGGGCCUGUAGGCAAAUGUGGGAGCAGUGUACCUCUUAAACAAGGACCUGUAGAUGCUCAGGGCAAAAUCGUGCUGCCUGCUACCCCCCAGGACACAGGCCGGGCUCCACAGCAACUCCUAGGUGGAGAGCAGAAGAGGAGGAAUGGGAUCAUGACAAAUCCCAACUACCUACAGAGCAACCAGGUGUUUCUGGGUAGGGCCCCCGUCCCACGGACAGUCCAAGACAGAGGCCCUCAGGACCUGUUAGAGGGCUUCCCUUCCUCAGAGACACAAUUAAGCCUUAAGCAAGCCCUGAAGCUCCAGAUCGAGGGUUCCGACCCUGGCUUCAACUAUAAAAAGGAAACGCCAUUAUGAAAGUGUGCUAUUCUGGGGAAUAGAAGACAUUGCAGUGGAAUGAAUGGUUCUUCAGCUACCAGAUGAAAACAUAAAAUGCCUAUUGAUUUGCUGGAAAAAAAUCUGAAGAAUGUGAUACCGCAGUAUAGUUACCUUAAUUAAUGUGCCUGACUAGUAAGGCUGCCUUCUAAGUGUGACCCUAUGUGCUUAAAAAUCUCAUUGUGUGUGCUUUGUACUUGCAACUCAGAAAAAGCACUGUUUUGAAGAAAAAAUGCAGAGGUAUACUGCAGCUCCCUGGUAAAGCUGAAAAAAAAAAAAAACCUUUGAGUUAAGUAUUUUAAGAUUUGAUAAAUGUGCAUGUGCCAUGGUCAGAUAUGUAUGGAAGGCAGUGUUCCUUGUAUUUAUUUUUUUUCUUUUUGUGGCAAAGAAAAUGUAAGUGUAGUAUUUCAGUCACAUUUGCAUUGUAGUAUGUGCCUGGUUCUUGUACCUUUAAAAGUGUUUCUCAAUAAAAUAAAUAUCGCAGCUGUCUUAUGUUCACUAUUCCUUCAGCAGCAGAGAAAAUGAGGUUCUACAUAAAUGCCACAUUGACAUGAAAACUUGGUUUCUUGAAAGAUUUUCAAAAAAUAUCAUUUCUAAUAGUUUAGGGAGCUGUUCUGAGUAGUUGAGAAAUCUGGCUUUUUCCAAUAGAAUACUCAUCUCUGGCUAAAAGUAUGAAAAUAAGCAAUCAGCCUAUAGGCUGCAGAAGAUUCCAUUCAUUACAUUCACAGGGUACAGUGUCCCCUUCCAUGAACUGUCAUUCCACCUCCAAGAAGACAGACUCAUUCCUGAUGCGGGAUCAUUCUCAGGGACAAAGGCAUGCCUCAGUCACUUGUGUGUCCCUAGCACGCACACUUGGUAUAUCUGAAGGAAGAGUUCUGAUCCCUGAAUAACUCAUUCCUACCCUACUCUUCCUCUUAUGUAGAAUUUAUCCAUGUAAACGUGAAUGCUGGCCUCUUGCUAAGCUUUUCUCUACUUACUAAUCACUGCAUCACCAAAGUGGCCACUACUCAGAAUCAGUUGAGUUGCUUUGAAAUGCAAAUGAAUGGCUUAGUGGGCUAAGUAUUGUUGUUGGAUGUACUUGUGCUGCCCUUUGAAGGUGAUAUGGCUGGCCCACAACUGACUGAGACUAGAGCAUGUGUAUUAUUAUUUGAUAAAAGCGAUGGAUUCUCUGUCCACAUGCUUUUUCCUGUUUCCUUCUUUGGACCGUGGCUGAAUGCCAAGGUUGAGGGAGACAGAGGUCUGUGAGCAUGGGGAGACCUUGGUUCAAAUGCCUGUGGGCCCACAGCUCCAGCCUCAUGGGUAUAUUCUACCCAGCAGAGCCCACUGGCAUGGGCCAGCUUGAAAAGGCUUGACAUAUGAAAAUGAGGGGAUAGAUUUGAUCUUUGAAUGAACCUACCAAUCUGACACAUCCCAGAAAUUCUGUUCUUCCCAUGUGCUGUUGAAAAGGAGGAAUGAGGAAAGAGAAUUUGGAGAUUGAGCACAAAACCAUCGCUACUACUGAGAGGAAUCUUUUAGUAUCAGAAUAAUGAUAUCCUCUAUAAAGGACUCAUAGGUGAGGCGUUCUUUAUGAAAAUAGAAAUGUGUAAUUGGUUGGGAUAAGUAUUUUUCACUUGAAUCUUUGCAUAAAGCUUUUCUUUUGGAGUCAGCAAAACUUACUUUCAUCUGUAAGUUGUAACCAAUAAGUCAUAAUCCAGAUAAGGAGAUAAGUUGAUGAGUUCAAUCAAAGUUAAGGCGACAUGGCAAUAUCGAUAAUUCGAAUGUGAAUGUUUCAAGUAUUGAAUUCUUGUCCCUAUGGGACAUUUAUUGACAACACUUAAUAGGACUCUUUCAAAGUAGCCUUAAAAGUGUUAAUGAUUCUGUUAAUAAUAUGAACACAUACUCUAAUUAGAACCAACUUCACUCCCCCUCUGGUACAGUACAUUGCAAUGGCUGUUGAGGAUGGAGCACUAUCUAAUUUCUUACUAGGCAAAUUUUUCUUUAGGAAGUCAACCCUGAAAGCUGCCAGUUUUUCUAUUACCCUUGAAUUAUGGAAAUUGUAUUUAUUUAAUUUUAUUGUUUUUACAGAAUUGCACCUUGUGGCCAAAGGGCAAAGAUAUGACUCGUUGCAUUAGGGAUUUAUUUUUUUCAAAGAGCUUUUUUGGUAGCCAUCCUUUAUAUACUUGGAACAGUUGGUAGGAAGAGAGCUUAUUGAGAAAGUAAGAUUUUCAUAAGUAUUCUGUGGGAUGUUUUUAUAUAAAGUUUUAGAAGAGAAGGAAAGUGACUUUCACUUAGGAUACAGGUGAAAGAUGCUGGGGAUGCUUUUCUGUUUUCUGUGGGGAAUUUAAUACCAGAGAUGGAAAAAAAUGGCUCUUCUCCAUUAAAAAAAUGAAAAUAGUCCCCCUUCCAAUAUUAAACCCCUAAAUAGCUAUUUUUGAAAUUGAAAUGUUUAAAUUUUAUAAAUCAGCUCUUUCCACUAUACAACUUAAAUGAUAACCAUGUGCUUUUAACAUUUUUAUAACAUUCCAUCCUUCUCAUUCCCCUAAAACUUAUGAGUUGAUCAUAAGAGAAGUGAUUUUUUUUUAAUUAGGAAAAUGUGCAGGUUUUUAGGCAAGGUUUGGAUUAGAGAAAGAACCAGGAGCCAGUGUGCCCAGCUGCUUCUGCACCCCUUCCUCACCCUGCCCUUCCAGAAUCUCACCAAAAAACUGUUCACUGCUGAGAAAUCAAGAAUAAAUACUUUCCUCAAGUGGUAGAACACCAGCUUUGAGUGAAAGUGUGCCAGGACCUGAGUUCAAGCCUCAAAAAAAAACCUCCCUUUCCCCCCCCCCCACACAAAUACACAUUAAAGAAAAAGAAGUAAAUGCUUUUCUCCAUAUUGUUUUUGGCUAUGCAAAUGUUUGUUCUACAUUUUACACUGUAGGCAGUGUAGCUACAGACACAUGAUUUGGGUUUUUGUUUUAUUUUCUUACCCCAUUUGGUUUUAGGGUAUGUAAAUAACCUAAAAUGUACAUUGAAUUUCACAUUGUAAAAGUUUUAUUUUAUUCCUUGUAUCAUAUUAUGCCAAAAAAUCCUUAUGUAUAUGAAAGUGCAUAAUAAAUAUAUUUGCUUUACA